ACGAAUAAAUACAGGGAGUAAAAAAAAUAAUAUCGGGCAUGUUAUCUUUCUUUUUAUUACACAUUAUCUAACAAACGUCAAAGUUCCCAAGACAAACUUUUAUGGACCCUCAGCUGAUAGCAAUGAGAAAAAUGCGCGUGUUUUCUCAAAUGUUGAGAUUUAUUUACCCGCAUUACUUGCGUCAGAUAUCACUAAUUGCAGAGAUAAGGGCAGUUAACCACCAAUCCUCAUUUAUAGCGGUUAGUCGACGGUGAAUCGAUCAGUCGUACCGGCACGAUUCUCAACGACGACGGCUAUCAUCAUGUCGAGUGAUCUGGACAUUGCGAAGUGCUUCGAAUUCGCGAAAGAACUCACGUUGCAAGCUGGUAAGAGACUCAAGUGUAGUUUCGGGGACGAAAAAGUUGGAUAUGACAAAACAUAUAUGCAUUUCGUAACAGAGCAUGAUCAAAAAAUUGAGAAAAUACUUAUUGAUGGCCUAUCCAGGGAGUUUCCUGAUCAUAAGAUUAUCGCGGAAGAAACAACUGGGACGGGGGAAAUGCCAGAAUUGACUGAUGCACCGACAUGGUUCAUCGAUCCAAUCGACGGAACCCUCAAUUUCCUUCAUUUAUUUCCUCAUUUCUGUAUAUCCGUAGGUUUGACGGUUCGCAAA